AUGACGCCCAACGAGGCAUUGAUCAAAUUGUUGGACCAAGUUAGCGAGCAGUUAUGGGAACUUGACCUUGAUGAUGCUCUCUUCGAGAGGCUGAAAAAGAGGUGCGCAUCACUGACGGCACAGAUUGCUGUGCAUCGUUCACUGCAAGGAACAAUAGCGCGUAUCCAACAAGGCCCUCAUACUCCUCUCCCAAAUACUCCGAGCCGAAUAUACAAAUUUCUGGACAGUCUGUACGGAACAGAGACUUCAAAUACCCAACUAGAAUCGCGAUGGCAGCAAUUACGAAAACUGGAUUGUGAAACCUUCUUGCUUAUUUCAAUUGCUUAUACGCCUUUGGAUAUCUCAAAAAUGCACCGCAUCGACUUCGACUACUUGAUUCGAAAUGCAAGAAAGGUUUUGGACGCAAAGCCCUUGUCACAAAAAUGGAUAUUUCGUAAAGAAAUUCAACUGGCUAUAGCAGAGAAAUCAGAGCUCCCAAAUAUUGGGAUUUUUAAGAAACGAUACCAUGAACUCGAGUUUCUCCCAAAUGAUUCAUCAGGCGAGCAGCGUGAGAAACAAUUAACGUUUCAGGGCAAAACUAACAGGCAAUCAUCUGUUGAUCAAGCGCAAUCCGAUGUCGACCAGCGAAAAAAGCGGAAGCGCUCUGAUGGACUUCAAGUGAGGAACCUGGAUGCGAGCCUGUCAACUCCUGGAAACAGCCAGGCUUCUUCCUCAAACAUGAGGCGAGAUACAGGCGUUCCGGACUCGGGUCCCGGGCAUGAUUUGGUACUGGGGCUCCGAAAAAAUUCCAUUGCAAGCGCAACUAGCACGGAGAAAAUAGGGCUAAUGUACACACCGAGGGCGCUGCGUGCACACCACCCCUCCAUGUACGAGCAAGGGAGGUUACCCGCAACGGAUUCUAAUUCACAGUCGCCAUCCGACGAGAGAAGAGAAGUGAAAUAUAUGUACACGCAUGCACUUGCUAGCAACAUAUCAAAGUUGCCUGAACCAUUUAAAACAGCGGUAGAGAAUAGCCGGCUUUGGAAAUGGGAGAGAAGUCGAAAUUUGAACGCAACAGGAUGCGUAGCUACUUUGUUCCCGAAGGACAACACGCAGGAUGUUUCUUUCACUAUCUGGUGUGGAAGUGAAGACGGUGGCCUGCGAUGUGAAACGCGACGGCACCGCCCUCUGAGCAGAGCCCUUGGAAUGAAGGUCAGUACUGCAGCUGGACGGUUUUUCAAGCAGAAUCGGCUUGAGCCAGGCGAGAGAACUGGUUUAAGAAGUGUAAAUUUGAAGGCGUCAACGCUGUUGAUAUUUGGUAUUGUCAGCCUCUCCUCUAAGAAUCGCCAUGUGACCGUAAUAUUGAGGUGGGGUCAUAUAGCAAGCAGCCCCUCCUUCCGCCCACUUCAGAGAGAGACACGCACGGAAGACGUUACCCGCGCCGUGGAUGCGGUGUCGCAACUUCUCUCUACCUUUCAGGGAGAAAAAGCUGCAUUCAAUCUUCGUUCAAAGAUAAGCAGUCGUGACAUUGCGUUUGAACUUUCACGUCUGUUUGAGCGGGUUCGAAACGGCGACUUCAACUACACCUACUACCGUCCACUCAUGACGCUCGUCAUCAAAAAGGCGCCCGACCACGAUAUCUGGAGCGCCGUUCUCGAUCUCAUUACUAGGCUCCCAAGAGUGACCCCCACACCAGCAAGUGUCCCCCCGGCGUUUAACAGCACGCCGAUUACGCAUACCUCCGCGUCGCAGCAAGGCGCCGAACAGACCCGGAAGCUGAUCGAAGCAAGAGUCUUUGAGGAGAUCCGGGACUGCGCGUAUCGGGUUGUGCCAGGUCUCGCUGGUUCGCCCAAGCAGGAAAAAGUGCAUGACUGGUUGUUCCAACUGCAGGACAAUUAUCUCUCGAAGGAGCGACGUCGCUACUACACGAUCAACAUCCCACGGGAACUUAUCGGCGGUGAGGCUCGGCGGCAGGUCGACCUAAUCGUCAAACGAAAGAGCGGAAAGCCAUCGGACACCGAGCAUGACUGGAGAGACAUCGAGGCGAUCGGUGAGCUCAAGGCGUCAGAUAAUAGGGGCGUGAAGGAUACGUUGGUUCAGCUGGCCCGCUCGGGUCCAUUCAAUAUCCACAAGGAGCCGGAACGAUUCAUACGGAUGAUGGCCGGCUACACGAUGAUGAAUGAGGACGAACUAGGUCUGGACAUGUUCAUAGAGCGGGACGGCAACAAUCGCUUCCAAGGAAAUGACGCGGGCACAAAUCCAAAAAAGCGAUCCAGGUCGAACAGCCAGCGGUCGGGGCCAUUCCAUAAUGAGGUCACGUAUGAUGUGGAAGAAACGCAGGGGGCAAGUCUGGUCGCUCCCAGCAAUGGACCGUACGACAAUCGCAUUUUGCGCUGUCUCGUCAUCUAUCCCGCGGGCCGGCCAAUCCAUAAAUACCGGUCGUCCUUGGAGCUGUUGCAAGCGUUGCGCGACGCGGUCAAGGCGCACAAGUCCUUAUAUUUCAAAGGAAAUGUCCUUCACCGAGACAUUUCUGAGAACAACAUCAUCAUAACUAAUACUGAAGAGACUGGCUUUGCGGGGAUGCUGAUUGACAUGGAUCUUGCUAAGGAACUUGGCACUGGGAGAAGCGGUGCACGCUGUCGCACUGGCACUAUGGAGUUUAUGGCCAUCGAUGUGUUGCUCGGCGCGGACCAUACAUACCGGCAUGAUCUUGAGUCAUUAUUCUACGUGCUUAUCUGGCAGUGUGCCCGCCUUUGCUGGACGAAAUGGUAUACUGGCACCUUCAGGGAUAUUGCAAGAAUUAAACGAAGUGAUAUGGGCGUCGAUGGCUUUGAGGAUAUCCUCAAUGAAUUUCCACAACCCUUUGGAUGUGUCAAACCGCUCUGCAAGGAGUUGCGGGGGAUUUUGUUUCCCUACAGGAAUGGCCUCUUCACUGGCACACCUAAGGAUCCAGAGAUUCUCUACCGGCCAAUCAUCUAUGCUUUUGACAAGGCUAUUGAUGAUAUCAAGGCGAUGGAAUGA